GAGAGCAUGUAUGUGACAAGGCCUCGAUCUUUGUACAAAAGGGAUCCUGAAGCACUUUGGCAUCCACCACAAGAGGGACCAAAUUCAGGCUACCUAGUCCUCCAAGAUGAACAAUCUGAGACUCACUCGUGUUUUGGCUUGUGCAACAAUGGCAUCAGCAACCUGCCAUUGCCACAGAACAAGAAUUUAUCGGUUCUUUAUAUAUACAACACUGGAGAACUAGAGGGGGCAUCUAAAGAUGAACUUAUGUUCAUUCCUGUUCUCAAUCAGCCUCUGUCUUCUAAUCUCUACUACGCCAUCAGAAGAAAAGGCAAGCAUCAAGGCGAAGCAAGCACAUGUACAAAAGAAGACAUAUGCACAUGUUUGUUUUUCAGUUACAGCAAACACAUCCAAUCAAGACCAUUCAAUCCCUCCGAUGAAUACCAACAAUUUGAGAUACUGAAAAAGAGUUGUGGAUUCCAAGCUAAGCCUAUUGUCUCAGAUGGGUUGCCUCCUCUUUUCGUGAGAAAAAAGAAUUGGAUUCUCUCAUCCAAAACACCACACAGUUACCAAAUGAGUGAAGCUCUUGGCAUCAACCCCUCCUUGAGAACCCAAUUACCACCCUUCACCUUCCCAUCAUCACUAUCAUCUUCUGAUCGCUCUGAACCAGUGGUUGCAGGGAAAUGGUACUGUCCUUUCAUGUUUGUGAAGGAAGAAGGAGUGAGUGUGAAGGAGCAGAUGAAGAGGUCAGUUUUCUAUGAAAUGACACUUGAAAGAAGGUGGGACAGAGUUCUCUCGAAGGAAAACAGUGGGAACAGUAAUGAAGUGUUUGUGGAUGUUGUGGCGAAAACUGAAGUUGCACGUCUGGGUGAUGGGAGAGAAGCUGUUUGGGAAGAAGGAAGAGUUGGUGAAGAGGGUGUGAUGUGGCUUCGGAGUUUGGUGAGAGGAGAGAGAAAAGUAGGGCUGAGCAUGGCUAUUGUGGAGAGAAUUAGAUGGGAGGAGGAAAGAAGUGAUUGGGAGGGAAAGAAUGAGAAGAAGCAAGCGAGAUUUAAAAGAGUGGAGAAGUUUGAGGGAAUAAGUGGAAUGUGGAGGAACUUUGGAUUCUAUGUGUUAGUAGAAAGCUUUGUGUUGAAGAGAAUGGACGGAAGCCUAGUGUUAACUUGUGAUUUUAGACACUCAAAUCAUGUCAAAUGCACCUGGGAGGAAACCAGUCCUUAUAAUAUCAUGCAGUCAUAUAUUUAAAGAAAAUAGUCCAAGAAAAUAUCAGAUAGUGCGAUGCAUAUAUAGAGUUCAUGUUUUGUCUUGUUUUAUUUUCAUAUAUGUACUUGUA